CAAUAUCCCCCGUAAUCCAGUGACACCAGUGCCCCCAGCAGACUCCAGUGACCCCAGUGGGACCAGUGUCCCUAGCAGUGACCGCAGGCGUGGUGACACCAGCUCUGUGCGGGACACAUGUCACCGUCCCCUCCGCCCCGCCGGGGCUAAUCCUGGGGAUUAACGGUUUUUGCUGAUGGGAGCGGGGCCACCGUCACUGUCACCGUCACCGGGGACCAGCCUGGCCCGGUUGAGCCAGCACCCAUCCUGCAUCCCUGCGUCCCCCCAGUCCCCUGGGCGCGGGGACAAGGGCCGCGGGCGGCGGGGGCAUGGGACUGUCACAGAGCAAGAGGGGUGACAACAAAGCCCCGAGCAGCAGCACGGUGCCAGACGGUGACAGGAGCGAUGUCCUCUCCCCUGCCAUGGCCACUGAUGGCCACGAGGGCCUCAUCCAGCCCAGGAAGGUGCCAAACCCGAUGCGGGAGUCCUGGAGCCACCGAGAGCUGCACCGGGAGCUGCUCUUCAGCCACAGCAGGGGGAUCCUGCCCCGGCACAGGGCUGAGCUCCCGCGGGUGCUGGAGAACCGGCGGCUGAGGCAGCUGAGGGAGGAGCUGUGGGGACCCCCCCUCUGACCUGGAGCAGCAGCUGAGGAAACACCACCAGAGGCUUGAGGAGCCCUUGCCCUGUUGGAAAGGAAGUGCGAGAUGCUUUUUUUGAGCAGAUCUCAGAUCAACAACCCAACCGCUGGGCGCGGCGAGCACCGCCCCGGGCACCGGAGAGGGCACCCGGCCACUGCCAUGGCUCCCGAGGAGCUCGUUGGCUCGGCCGACUACGAUUACCCACCGGUGACCAAUGCGACGGGGAACUGGGAGGUCUCCUCCAGGUGGGAGAUCUUCUUCACCACUGUCUUCAUCCCUGUCCUCUACUCCUUCAUCUUCCUCCUCGGCCUCGUGGGGAACCUCUUCGUCAUCGUGCUGAUGGGCAAGAAGAGCGGGGGCAAGAGGAUGGUGGACACCUUUGUGCUGAACCUGGCGGUGGCCGAUGUCAUCUUUGUCUGCACCUUGCCCUUCUGGGUGGCAGCGGGGGCGCGGGGGAACCGCUGGCCGCUCGGCGAAGGGCUCUGCAAAGUCAGCAGCUAUGUCAUCGCCGUCAACCGCUGCUCCAGCAUCCUCUUCCUCACCGCCCUCAGCGUGGAGCGCUACCUGGUCAUCAGGAAGGUGCUGGACACCAAGGUGGUGGGUUCCCAGAGGCACGUCCGUGUCACCUGUGGCAUCAUCUGGACGGUGUCGCUCAUCCUGGGCGCCCCGUCUCUGGUCUACCGGCGGCUGGAUGGGGAUGACUGCUGGGAUGAAGAUGGAGAGGGCUUCAGCCUGGCGAUGGUCUUCCUCACCUUCCUCCUGCCCUUGGGGGUCAUCUCCUUCUGUUACUGCUCCAUCUACUGCCGGCUCCAGCGGCACGUCCGGCUGGGCAGGGGCGUCCGGCGUUCCCACCGUGCCAUCGUCACCAUCGUCGCAGCCUUCCUCUGCUCCUGGUUGCCCCUCAACGCCUGCAAGAUUCUGCUCUUCUUCCUCGCCAAGGGGACGCUGGUCCUGUCCCAGGGGCAGGAGGUGGCCCUGAGGUGGGUGGUGGCCGGCAGCACCUGCCUGGCCUUUGUUAACAGCUGCGUCAACCCCCUCGUCUACGCCCUCAUGGACGGUCGCUGCCGUCCCCGGUGUCCCCUCGGUCCCUGCGCGCUGGGGAUGGGUCCUGCCGUGGCCGUCCCCUCCUCAGCCACCGAUUCCAGCCUCCUCUUCGGUGGCUGGAUCCGGACCAAGACCCCUCCCGGCCCCCGGCACAGGAGUGGGACCAAGCUCCCACCGGCACCGGGGGUGAGUCCCCCCUGCUCCUCCCCAGCGUCCCCGGGUGCCACCGCCGUCCCACCGGGGCCCCAGCCGUAACCGUCCCAGUGCGAUUCCCGAGGGAGCUGCUGCUCCGUGAUCCACCCCCAGCCUCGGCAGGAUCGGGCCCCCAGGACAAACCCCUCCACCCCGUUGUCCCCCCCACCCCCCGUCCUGAGAUGCUCAUCAGAAGGGAACGGCUUCGGGAGCAGGAACCUGGUUUGCAUCCCAGUUUAAUCCUAAUUAAUACAAAUUUAGCCUUA